AUGGACACGGUGUCGAUGGCGUCGGCGGACUUUGUGUUCCGGCCGCCGCCCGGGCUGGGGAGCAAGCGGGCGAGCGCUGCAAGCGCAGUGUUCACGCUCGUGUCGACGAUUGUGGGCGGCGGAUCGCUCUCGCUCCCGUUUGCGUUUGCUAAGCUCGGGCUUGCCGAGGCGGCUGGCCUCCUUAUUGUCAUCGCGGUGGCGUCUGAUCUCGGGGCGUCGCUGCUGGUGUCUGCGGCGAGGCGGUCUGGUGGAUGCACGUACGAGCAGGUGGCAUACAAGGCGUACGGGCGGCCUGCGCAGCUAGUGACGGUGGUGUUGCUUGUGGUGCUGACGUAUCUCUGCUGCGUGGCGUACAUCAUUCUCAUGGGCGACUUUGCGGUCCCGCUUCUGGAGGUGUACGUGGUGCGGGGCACGAACCUUUCGGGGCUGGGCCGUGCGCUAGCAAUGGGCGGGGCGAUGGUCCUUGUCUCGCCGCUCUGUUUUCUGCGUAAGCUCACAGCGCUGCGGUUCACGUCUGCGAUGUCGAUGACGUCGAUGCUCUUCCUCACGUGCGUCAUUGUGGCCAAGGCUGUGAUCCACGCGCGGAGCGUGGGCCUUGCGACGAUGUGGCGGCCGGUGGCGUACACGUCGUCGUUUGCUGACACGCUCUACGGCUUUCCGCUCAUUUCUGUGGCGUUUCUCGUCCACUUUAACGUCUUGCCUGUCCACACUGAGCUGACGGCGACGGAGCCUGCGCUGCAGCGGAUCCGCAACGUCAUCCACGUGACGGUGGGCAUUUGCUCGACGCUGUAUGUGGUCAUCGGCGUCGCCGGGUACGCCACCUUUGGUACUGCUGUUGAUGGUGACGUCCUGAAGAACUACGGGCGCGACGACCACCUGGUCAAUGCCGGGCGGUUCGCGCUCCUAGCGACGCUCCUCUGCAACUUUCCUCUCCUUUGCAUCCCGUGCCGCAUCUCGCUCGACCGGCUGGUCCUCCUCGCACGCGACGCGUGGUGCCUGCCUGCACCGCAUGGCCAGAGCAUUGCCGGCCACCUGACCCCGCCCGAGAAGCAGCCACUGCUGGCGCAACCGGACGUGAACAGCGGUGAGGGAGGCGAGCCAAGCCGGUGGGCGCUGGCUCGCGAAGAUCCUCGUGACGCGCUCAAGCUGGCGGGCACGCCCGACACCUCGCGGUGGGACGACGAGCACCCACCGAGCCCCGAGUCAGUCAUGGUCGAGCGGCUCCGCGUCGUCGAAAGGGCUGCGCGCGAUAAGUACGCCCGGCUCCGGCAGAGCAUCGAGACGGUGCUUAUCAUCGCCAGCUCACUCGCGUUUGCCAUUGCCGUCCCUUCGGUCGUCAUUGUGUGGUCGUUCAUGGGCUCGACCAUCUCCAUGCUCAUCGCUUUUGUCCUCCCUGCCCUCUACUACCUCAAGAUCCGGGCGGCGCGGUCGACCAAUCCGCGGCGUGUGGCCGCCGUCGGACUCCUCUGCUUUGGCAUGAUCAUGCUUGUGGCGUGCACGUACCAGAGUGUGCGCACCACUGUGGAGCAGGAGUCGUAGCUUGUGGGUAAAGCGUACCAGUGAACCCGAG